AUGCCUGAAGAGACAGCAGCUGAACGCGACGAGCGAAUAGCGAAGUUGUGGAAAAGUCUGGAUGCCACACCAGAUGGUGCGAUCGAUGUGAAAGGCUUGAAGAAGGGCCUGAAGAAAAUCGACCAUCCUCUAAAAAAUGCCGACGCGCUGUUGCGCGAUAUUCUCGAGGUCGUCGACACAUCCGGCGAUGGACAUAUCCAAUUCAGCGAAUUUAGAACAUUUAUUGAGCACGCCGAGAACGAGCUAUACCAGUUGUUUGACAGCAUAGAUCGAGAUCAUAGUGGUAGUCUCGAUAAAGACGAACUGCGGCAAGCAUUUGCUCGGAGCGGAAUUGUUGUCAGCAAUUCAAAGAUUGAUCAGUUCUUUGACGAGAUUGAUUCGAACCAUGAUGGGCGGAUCAGCUUUGAAGAAUGGAGAGACUUUUUACUCUUCGUACCACACGGAGCACCCAACCUUCGCGCCAUUUUGACCUACUAUAGUGCUACAGCUAAUGUCAACCAAGAAGGCGAUGUAAAUGUCAACGAUACUAUGCAAGGUUUAGGCUAUUUCGUUGCUGGCGGUGCGGCUGGCAUAGUAUCGCGGACGGCCACGGCCCCAUUAGAUCGAUUAAAGGUCUACCUAAUUGCACAAGUCAGUCCGAGGGACACACUAGACAAGGCCAUAAAAGAGGGCGCGCCGGUAAGUGCGCUGAAACACUUCAGCAAAAACCUAGUCGAUGCUUGCAAAGAGCUUUGGAGAGCUGGUGGCAUUCGUAGUCUAUUCGCAGGUAACGGCCUCAAUGUCGUCAAGGUUAUGCCCGAGUCUGCUAUCAAAUUCGGAGCCUACGAAGCUGCCAAGCGCACACUUGCAAGCCUGGAGGGCAGUGACCCAAAACAUCUGCAUCCUACGUCGCAAUUUCUGGCUGGUGGUUUUGGAGGUGUUAUCUCUCAAUGUGUGGUAUACCCACUAGACACGCUCAAAUUCCGGAUGCAGUGCGAAACUGUAGAAGGAGGAUUACAUGGCAACAAGUUGAUUGCCCAAACAGCCAAGAACAUGUGGCAUGAAGGCAGGUUACGUCCAUAUUAUCGUGGGUUGGCCAUGGGCCUAGCAGGCAUGUUUCCCUACUCAGCUAUUGAUCUCUUUAUUUUUGAGGGUUGUAAAAGGUUUGUUUUGACACGCAAAGCGAAGGCGCUCGGUGUUCACGAAGAGGAUGUGGAAAUGGGAAACUUCAUCACUGGAGCUAUUGGAGCCUCGUCAGGAGCCAUCAGUGCGACGGUGGUCUAUCCCAUCAACGUACUGCGCACACGUUUACAAGCACAAGGAACGGUCCUGCACAGACCGACGUACACUGGAAUCGCCGAUGUUACAAGGAAAACUAUUCAGAACGAAGGAUGGAAGGGACUCUUCAAAGGUGUUACUCCCAAUUUGCUCAAGGUCGCGCCAGCUGUGAGCAUAUCGUAUAUCGUCUAUGAGAACUCAAAGUCUCUUCUGGGACUGCACUAA